ACAAAUAAAAAAGGCACUACGAUUUCUCUGUCAUUUGAUAAGCAAGCACUAAUUGGGAAUUCUCUGCAUACUGGGACAGUGUACAAGAAGAGAUACCGUACAGUACAUGAAGUCAAAUGUGUGCCAUUCAUAUACGUUGUAGGUCAUCAUAGUUGGAGUGAUGUGCAGGCGAAGGCUAGCAGUAUAGAAGGAUGCAUAUCUAUAGGGCCAUGGGGACAUCUAGAAGGCGAACCUUGGGCUUACAAUCCUGAAGGUCGAAUAAGGCAGAUAACUGUAUGCAAUGGAUCGGUUGUUGAUUCCCUCUCCUUCCAAAGUGAAAGCUCCAAUGGUGAGGUGGAAUGGUCAGAAAAGUAUGGUGGUCCAGGUGGCAGUCGUUGUGAGACGGUGAACAUUACCAGUCCUGCAGAGUAUCUGACUGCGUUGAAUAUAACUUUCGGAAACUUCAAGGGCCAGGAUGUUGUUACAUCUAUUUGUUUUCAAACAAAUGUGAGACAAUAUGGACCUUUUGGUAACAAGAAGGGGUAUUCGUUAUCCAUUCCGCUGGAGGGUGGAGCCGUCGUAGGUUUCCAUGGCCAUGCCGGUCAAUACCUCAAUGCCAUCGGCAUCUACGCAAAGCCACAAAGCACUUCAGGUGAAGAAUAUGAGGCAACCCAGACCCAGAUUACCGAUAUCAUGAAGCUGGCUGUGCCACGCGAUACCGGACCUUGGGGUGGCUCAGGUGGAAAACACUGGGAUGACGGUGUCUUUGCCACUGUAAAGCAAGUUGAUGUGCACAUAGAACAAGCCUUGAAUGUCAUACGUGCAGUACAGCUGAGAUGCGAAAAGAGAGAUGGGCAGCUUGUUGUGACACCAAGCCAUGGUGGUCCUCGUGGUGAUUUAAUUAAGACGAUUAGAGUUGACGGAACAAGCGAGUUUUUAGUCAGCGUUGAAGGUUUCUACGGACCAGUUGAGGGGAAAAACGGCUGUGAGGCUAUAAAAUGCAUUACCUUCUACUCUAACAAGCGAAGGUAUGGCCCAUAUGGGGGAGAAGAGAUCGGCACACACUUUAGUUCGGCUCAGUCUGUAGGAAAGAUCGUUGGCUUCUUUGGGAGAGCCGGGUCCUAUUUGAAUGCCAUAGGUGUUCACAUGGAGUAUUUUUAAAGGUUUCCUCCCGGGUUUUUGUUGUCUAUUUAAGUUACUCCAGACUCACAUUUGCUUUCCAAGUGAACUUUGAUUGACUCUAGCCUUCUGAUGUUUUUGUUUAAUUAUGGUAGUUGAUGUGUUACUA